UCAAAGCAUUUCUCUACCGAUAUUCUCUCUGUCCCUCUCUUCCACCAAUCCAAGUUUAACUGGUCGCUCACCAUGACCGACAUCGAGACUAGCUUUCAGGCGGCCAUCGACGCUGGCAAGAUCAACGGGGUCGUCAUCUGUGCCACCGACGCCGAGGGUCGCUUCGUCUACGACAAGGCGCUCGGGGAGCGCACCCUGCUAUCUGGCGAGAAGCGGCCGCAGCAGCUCGACGACGUGCUGUAUCUAGCCUCAGCCACCAAGCUGAUCACCACCAUCGCCGCCCUUCAGUGCGUCGACGACGGCCUACUGACCCUGAACGGCGACUUGUCCUCUGUCGCACCCGAGCUCGCCGCCAAGCAGGUCAUCACUGGCUUUUCCGACGACGGCGAAACCCCCCUGCUUGAGCCGCCGGCCCGGCCCGUCACGCUCGAGAUGCUGCUAACGCACAGCUCCGGCAUCAGCUACGACUUCAUGAACCCGCACGUCGCCAAGUGGUGCGAGAAGUUUGACUCUCUACAAGGAGACGGGCGCCGGCCGGUCGAGGAGGCGUUCAGCUACCCGCUUGGCUUUCAGCCUGGUACCAGCUGGAUGUACGGCCCCGGGCUCGACUGGGCCGGCCGCGUAGUGGAGCGGGUGACGGGCCGCACAUUGGGCGAGCACAUACAACAACGCAUCUGCGACCCGCUCGGUAUCGACAGUGCACAAUUCUACCCGGUCACGCGCGAGGGCUUGCGCGCCCGUCUCGUAGACCUCAACCCGCAAGACCCCGACGCCCUUGGCCGCGCCGUGCUGGGCGGCGGCGGCGACAUGAACAAACGCAGUCGCGGAGACUUUGGCGGCCACGGCCUGUUCAUGGCAGGUGCCGACUACGUCAAGGUUCUGCGCUCGCUGCUAGCCAACGACGGCAAGCUGCUCAAACCCGCCACUGUUGACGACAUGUUUCAGCAUCACCUCAGCCCUGAAGCGACCGCGGGGCACCAGGCUGCGCUGGCCAGUCCCAUGGGAGUAUUUUUCCGCGUGGGCACCGACCUCGGAAUGAAGGCCGGCCACGGCCUGGGCGGCUUGCUGACGCUGCAGGACGUCGAUGGCUGGUACGGCGAGCACACGCUGACCUGGGGCGGUGGCUUGACCCUCGCCUGGUUUAUCGACCGCAAGAACGACCUGUGCGGCGUUGGGGCAGUCCAAGCCGCGCUGCCGGUUGACGGUGAAGCGGUGACCGCGCUAAAGCAGACAUUUCGUCGCGAUAUCUACCGCAAGCACGCCACGUGGAAGCAGCAGCAGUAAUAGCAUUGGGAAUUAUGAGGAUGAAAAUGGGAAAGUAUAAAACGACUUUUACUAUUUCGUUCGUUCGGUAACCUUUUUAAAGACCUUGGGACGAAUUAAGUAACCUCAAACUUGUGUGCACCCCUAGGAACGCAAUUCCAUGCCAAGCCUCAUGCGCGUGUAAUGAUCUAAGAAAGACGUCACCAGAUCGACCUCAUGGCAGACUCUCUGCUCUGCCCCGAGCCAGCUCGGACUUCGAGGUGAAUGCGACCACAGCAGCCAUAGAGUAAGAAGAUUAGCGGGUCGUAGCAAGUAUAAGUACAUGUCAAGUCCAAAGCUUGCGCGCUUCGU